AUGAUGACUGAAACACAAACCCCAUUUUCUCUUGCUGCUGCCUUUCUACAGUGCGGCUCGCCCGGUCAGACAUUCAAUAUGGAAACCCUGUUAAAACCGGAAUUCGGAAAUUACUCACCUAAUUCUAUAGGUGAUCAUGGAAGUGACGGUGAAGAAUCAACGAUAUGUACCGUAUGUUGUGAUGAGGCCUCUGGCAGGCACUACGGUGUUGUUGCUUGCUUUGGAUGCAAAGGAUUUUUCAGAAGAACUGUAAGAGCUGGAAAGAACUAUAUUUGCCGGUAUAACAAAAAGUGUAGAAUUGAUAAAGCUGGUAGAAAUGUAUGCAGAUCGUGUAGAUUUCAAAAAUGCUUAGAAGUAGGUAUGGAGCCUGAUGCAAUCCGACCUGACCGUGAUAAGACUGGCCGUCAAAAGAACCCAAGAAGAAAUGCUGAUGGAUCUAUUAAGAAAAAUUCCAACGCUUCUAUUCUUGGAGAUCUCCCUUGUUUAACCAAAUUCAGCUUAAAAGAUGAUAGCGACAGCUCAUCCAACUCGCCAUCUUCAAGAUCCAACUCCGCUCCAUUAGAACCACGACCCACGUUCCUCGAUGAAUCUGUAUUAACAACGCUAUCAGAAAUUGAGAACAUCGUGAUACAGCUUCAAGACAACGUUGAAUCCGACAUCCAAAACCUUCCCCAUAUGGGAGAGGCUAUUGUAAAACCAUCCAUCAUCGCUACAAGAGCACUGAUGAACUUCAAUGGCGCCAAAGGUGACGCUGAUGCCGAGUGUGUGUCAGCCAAUCUUCGGCGAUUGAUCGUGUUCACCUUUGACUACAUCAACACACUACGACCGGUCGCUGAUCUUCACCCAUUGGAGAAGCUGGCUAUCGCUCGCAGUGUAGUCGCCCCAUUCUGCAUCAUGUUCUGUGGUCACCAAUCAGUCGCCGGUGGCGGUCCCGAAGUCGACAGUAUCUACCUACCAACAGGACACAAACUGCCGCCCAGUCAGCUGCUGUUUACAAAAGACUCGGAUCAAAAGAAACACAUUCUGUUGGAAAACAAAGCCGACUAUGUCCGACGUAACAUGAGUGAAACAAUCAUCAGUCAAUUCCGACGACUACAAGUCACAAAAACAGAAAUGGUCGCAUUGAAAGCGAUUAUGGUGCUCGAUCCAAAUGUGAAAGGAUUAUCGGAAGCCUCCUAUGAUCUUCUAGCUGUUGCCAGAGAGUCAGUGCAGAGUGCAUUGUACUCUCAUCUUAUUGCCAACCAUGGAAAUGCUGAAGCAACAUCUCGCUUCGCUCAGCUUCUUUUGAUGAUUGCCUCUGCAACGAGAGUCGCCUACUCCCUCUCCUCGUUCUUCCAACUGAGCAGAGACGUCAACUUUGACAUUGAUUAUGUGCUUGAUGAGCUUCUAUUUUUAGAUCGGAUGUAA